UGGAAAUACUACCACAAGCACUUUGCCUGUGCUUUGGCUUCAGUAUGUGUGCUCAAAGCCUAAACUCAAGUAUAUUUCUCUUUCUUCUUUUCAAACAGCUAUUCUGUGACAGUAAGAAGGUGGUGCAUGCCACAGAGGGGCUGGACUGGGAAGACAAAGAUGCUCCCGGGACGUUGGUCGGAAACGUGGUGCACUCAAGGAUCAUCAAUCCUCUGCGUCUGUUUGUCAAACAGUCUCCAGUCCCAAAGCCAGGACACUUGGCGUAUGCGGACAGCAUGGAAAACUUUUGGGAUUGGCUGGCCAAUGUUACAGAGUUUCAGGAGCCAUUGGCAAGAACUAAACGGAGGCCAAUAGUCAAGACGGGAAAAUUUAAGAAGAUGUUUGGGUGGGGUGACUUCCAUUCCAACAUUAAAACUGUUAAACUCAACCUCCUCAUCACAGGGAAAAUUGUUGACCAUGGAAAUGGAACCUUCAGUGUUUAUUUCCGACAUAAUUCCACAGGCCUAGGCAAUGUUUCAGUGAGUUUGGUACCUCCCUCCAAAGUGGUGGAAUUUGAAGUUGCCCCGCAGUCUACCUUGGAGACCAAGGAAUCCAAAUCUUUCAACUGUCGCAUUGAAUAUGAAAAAACAGAUCGGGCGAAGAAGACUGCCCUGUGCAACUUUGACCCAUCGAAGAUCUGCUACCAGGAGCAGACUCAGAGCCAUGUAUCUUGGUUGUGCUCCAAACCCUUCAAGGUCAUUUGCAUUUACAUUGCCUUUUACAGUGUUGAUUAUAAACUUGUGCAAAAAGUCUGUCCUGACUACAAUUACCAUAGUGAGACUCCAUACUUAUCUUCUGGGUGAAUCUUUCCACAGUGAUAUAAAUGAGGGGUGAAUAUGUAUUUAAUUAGAAUGACCAAGAACCAAGCCCAACUCUUCAUGUAAAGGAUCCCUUUUGUUUCUGGCAGUGAGCCUUAGUUCCCUAUUAGUUUUUCAAAUUAAAAAAACAAAAAAAGAAAAGAAAAGAAAAAGAAAGAAGAAAGAAAGAAAGAAAGAAAGAAAGAAAGAAAGAAAGAAAGAAAGAAAAAGAAAGAAAGAAAAAGAAACAUCUUUAAAUGUGAAAUGUGUUUGUUUUGGUCAUACCUUAAUCUAAAAAGUCAGACUGUGUAUGAAGCCAUCACUUUCAUGUAGGAUGGCUAAGUCCUAGAAAUAUUGUUGGUUCUCUAAAAGCCGCAUCAAUGGUAGCAACAUGUAACGAGAAAGAACCGAAUUAUGCAUGUGAUAAACAUUGCUCUUGAAAUGAGCCUGCCUUUGAAAUAUGUUUUGGAAGGUUACCUUAAAAAUAGCAGAUUCAGUAAAGUAACUGAAAAGAUUGCAUUUAAUAGAUGAAUCACAUUUCUGACAUCAAAUUCUUUUUUUUUAUCACCGUCUUUCCCCCCACAUCUGUGCUGUUAUUGAUAUGAGAGAUGAAGGGGUAAAAUUUGUUUCAAAACUCAUGUGUGCAGUUACAGUGCCACCGUGGAACUAAAACACAUUAUUAUCUGAGCUAGGGUGGGAUGUGACUUAAACACUUAGCCCUGUGUUGGUCACCAUCUUUAUGAUUCUCUUCCAAGUAGUAAUAUUGGUGCAUUGGGAGAGCGAAUCUGAAUAUAUUUUAAGUCAAUCACAAUCAUGAAGAUCAUAAUGUUUUUAGAUUAUUUUGCCAAAUUCAAUGCCAUGAGAUUGCCAAAAAUACCGUAAAAUCUGUAUUCUACCCUACAACCUGUAACGUCAUUCUAUUCAUUUGAUAGUGUGAGUUUGUAUACACGCAUAGAACAACUCUGAAAUUGAAAGAAAGAACAGGGAAAAUAAUUAAAAGUGAACUGACAAAAUUCCAGGAUUAUGGAUUCAUUAUUUCUAGCCUCCCAGAUGAAGUCCUCUUUGCAUUUAGUUAAUUAUUUGAGUGAGGGAUCAAAUUCUAUGUGUAAAUAAAGAGUAUAUUUAACCAUGAUUGAUUAUUAUUAAGUGCUAACAACCAAGAUACCUGACUCACCAGGCUUUUGAAAUCACUUCCAAAUUAAUGUGGCUUCACAGUCGGAGUCUUUGCCAUCUUCUCGGGGCAGGGGGGAGACGGGCAUCCUGCAACGUAGAACUGGAUGAUCUUUGCAUCAGCACAGAAGGAGGGUCUGGCUGGCCAGGAAUAAGGUUUCCAGAACUCGUAAGACUCAUGGAAUAGUUACUGUUUCUACAGUAUGUGUUCACUUUUGCCCCCUUAUCUGUAAAAUAUCAGUUGAAGUAAAACAUUAAAAGAAGACCGCUGUAACCAACAAACAUGCUCUUACUACUACAUCGUUUGAAGAGCCAACAGCUCUGCUCUCUAUUUUGCAUCUCCAUUCCUUUCUGUUUACUGGUGAUCUCUGUACAGUGUUUGAUUUUGUCUUUUGUAAAAAAUGUACUAGGCUUAGUGUGUGGUAGUACAGGCUUGAAACUUUUGCUCUGAGUUCAUCAGGUGCUUUUGUAAUUUUGUGGUUGGUGUGAAAUAUUUUGAAGCAUCUUUUUAUUUUCCUCUAGAAACAAGAUUAAAAUACUAUUUAUUGUAAAAUAUGUGGGAACCAUAUAUGUACAUACACUUAGAAUUUUCU